AUGUUUAAUCAACACAUGUUGUUUGAAGAAGAGACUGAAGAAAUACCAAAUGAAAUAACAGAAGAAAUGAAAUAAGUAAUUUAGAAAUAAAUUUUAGAUCAUAAAAGUGAUAGAUUCUUUUAACAUUGAAGAGUUAAGAAAUCUUGUAAAUGAUGGUAAUAGACGCCAGCAAAUUAUUAGAAGUAGGUAUCUGUUCAGAUAUAUGUUGAAUAAAAUCGAUGAAAAAUUAAAGUAAAUAGUGAUAGAGAUAUAAAAUAAUUCCAUAUAUGACUGCUCAUAGAUCUUGGAUUUUAUCUACGAAUUCUUAAAAAGAUCUAAUCUAUUUGAGUAAAUAUAGAUAAUAAUAAAAUUUUAGAGAUAUAUUUUAUUCUUAAGAGCAACUGCUUAAGAUAAUUGAAUAUACAGACAAUUUAAUUAUUUAUGAAAAGGCCUUUUAGAUUUUAAAUCGACCUAUUAUCCCUCGUUAAGAGAUUUAAAACAAUUAUUUCCCAAGAUUAAUAUAUCUAGAAAAAAUUUUAUAUGAACACAUCAAUUAUUUAUCCAAAAAUAAGAUAAAAUUGGUUGAUUAUUAUUAAGACGAUCCAAAAUACAGAGAUAUUAGAAUGGAUCUUAGAACCCCUUUAUAAUUUGAGAUUGAGUAUAAUGAACCAGCUUAAUAAGAGGAAAGUUAUGAAGAUAUAUGUAAAAAUAGAAAUCAUAAUAAUAACAUAUUAUAAGAUUAAUUCUAAAACAAAGUAUUAAUU